AUGGCAACGGCUGCCGGGGCCGCAUCCCGCCCCGACCCCCUGCGCCACGCAGCCCCCGCUCCCCGCCCCGAGGCGCUCACCCCUCCGAGCCCCCCCCCAGUGCCCUGCCCCCCCCCCCGCGCCCACCCUCUGCACCCGCGGUGUGCCCAGGGGAGGGGCCGCGCAGCCUCGGGGGCCUCCCCUCCACCCCCUCCCCGUGCCAGGGUUCACCCCCCGGCCUGGUUCCCCCCCAGGGGGGCUUUCUCGGUGGUCCGGCGCUGCGUCAAGCUCUGCACCGGCCAUGAGUACGCCGCCAAGAUCAUCAACACCAAAAAGCUCUCGGCCAGAGACCACCAGAAGCUGGAGCGGGAGGCCCGAAUCUGUCGGCUGCUGAAGCACUCCAACAUCGUGCGGCUCCACGACAGCAUCUCCGAGGAAGGCUUCCACUACCUCGUCUUUGACCUGGUGACCGGCGGGGAGCUCUUCGAGGACAUCGUGGCACGAGAGUACUACAGCGAGGCCGAUGCCAGCCACUGCAUCCAGCAGAUCCUGGAGGCUGUGCUCCACUGCCACCAGAUGGGGGUGGUCCACAGGGACCUUAAGCCGGAGAACCUGCUCCUGGCCAGCAAGUGCAAAGGGGCAGCAGUGAAGCUGGCAGACUUCGGCCUGGCCAUCGAGGUGCAGGGGGAUCAGCAGGCCUGGUUCGGCUUCGCGGGCACGCCUGGGUACCUGUCCCCUGAGGUGCUGCGCAAGGAGGCCUACGGCAAACCCGUGGACAUUUGGGCAUGUGGCGUCAUCCUCUACAUCCUGCUGGUUGGGUACCCACCCUUCUGGGACGAGGACCAGCACAAACUCUACCAACAGAUCAAGGCUGGUGCCUACGACUUCCCCUCGCCCGAGUGGGACACGGUGACCCCCGAGGCCAAGAACCUCAUCAACCAGAUGCUGACCAUCAACCCUGCCAAGCGCAUCACUGCCCACGAGGCCCUCAAGCACCCCUGGGUCUGCCAACGCUCCACUGUGGCCUCCAUGAUGCACAGGCAGGAGACCGUCGAGUGUCUGAAAAAGUUCAAUGCCAGGAGGAAGCUCAAGGGAGCCAUCCUCACCACCAUGUUGGCCACCAGGAACUUCUCAGUGGGCAGACAGACCACAGCUCCUCCGAGCAUGUCGGCGGCCGCCGCCGGGGCCCCCCUGGGGCUGGUGGAACAAGGUAGACGUGGCCGAAAUGGGCCCCCCCCGGCCCCCCCCCACCCCCCCCCCCAACCCGCCCUGGCCUCUCCCCUCCUCGACCCCCGCUUGGUUUCUCUCCUGUGUGUCCCCUUCCCUCCCCCCCGGACCCUUUGUCCUCUCUCAAGCAUCCCCCAAAGCACAAAAGGUUUCGGUACCCUCCUCGAAAAUGGGAGCGCUUGGCAUGGGCAUGGCCCCCCCCCUGCCCCCCCCGGCCCUGCAUGCCCCUCCCCCGGCCCUGCAUGACCUCCCCCUCCCCACGGGGACAGAGAGAUGCCAACGUCCUGCCCCCUCCCCCCCCCCGCCCAGCACGGGCAGCGCUGGCUGUUGGCAUCUCCACUGUCACCCGCCCUGGCAGCGUCCUCUGCCCACCCACCCCCCCCCACAAGGGCCACCUACGCCUAGGGGGGGGGUCUCUGUGCCACCUGCACCCGGGGGGGUGCUCUCUGCCACCUGCACCCGGGGGGGUGCUCUCUGCCACCCACUUCUGGGGAGAGUCUCUGUGAUACUGACACCCGGGGGGGGGUCUCUGUGCCAUCUCCUCCUGGAGGACUCUCUGUGCCACCCACUUCUAGGGGGGGUAUCUCUGUGCCACCUGCUCCUGGGGAGGGUUCUGUGCCAUCUCCUCCUGGAGGUGUCUCUGUGCCACCUACUCCUGGGGAGGGGUC